CCUAGAUAGUCAGACUUACAGUCACCAGCAAGUUAAAGUGAUCUUUAAACAGGCUAAACUCAAGUUAAGCCAAACACAUCUCUUAAGAUGAACACUGUACUGUUCCCCUUUUGGAUGCUUUUCCUGCUGCUGUCUCCAGUGGUGCCAAUGUGUUUACCUACUGACUUUACACUGUAUGUGGAGAAGCCAGAAUGCGACUACUGUGUGGCAGUCAACACCACCAUCUGCACAGGGUUUUGCUACUCAAGGGACAGCAACAUGAGGGACAUUUUUGGUCCACGCUUCCUUAUCCAGAGAGGCUGCACAUAUGAUAAGGUGGAAUACCGAUCAGCUAUCCUGCCUGGCUGUCCCCUUGAGUCCAAUCCUGUUUUUACCUACCCCGUGGCACUCAGCUGCCACUGUAGUGCCUGCAGGACUGACAGUGAUGAGUGCACGCAUAGGGCCAGCACAGGCGGAGGGAGGUGUACCAAACCAGUUCGACUAGUCCAUCCAUAUCCAGGCCAGAGCACCUAUAUGAUCCUGUUUUGACUCUUUGGUCCUCUUUCUCAAGUUGUCCUUCUUGUCAACCUAAAAUGAUGUCUUGAAAAAUGACAGAAAAAAAACUUUUAAGAGAUACUUGCAAUGUAUCUGCUUUUGCAACUACAACUUGCUUACCUGUACUUUAAUGACUUUGGUGGCCUAUUGUGCAGCAAAAUAGCUUCUCAGAUAACCAUGAGAUGAAUUCUUGUCACCUUUUUUUUGUGCAUUACAAUGAUUCCUUGUUCACAAUGUAUUCACUAUCUUUUCCCAAAUAUUUUCUCUUUAAAAGGGAUUCUUUGAAUGUUACCUAUAAUUAAACGUGCAGAAUCAAAGCUCUUUGACUAAGCUU